AGCUUUUAUAUCAGUCGGCGUUUGAACGUGUAACGAAAAAGUUUCGAGAUAUUUUGUACUCCAAGUGAAAGUCGUGAAGAACGGAAAUAAGAAAGUGAAAAGUGGUUUUAUCUAUAUUUAUAUUAAAUGCUCGUAAAAUAUUUUUAUUAAUUAAGAAAAAUAAAAAUUGUGAGAAGUAAAGCUUUUAUAAAUAUAUUUCUCAAGAACUUAAAACAUUUACAUAGAGAGCAGCAGCAAUAAACGGCAUUUUAAUUAAAAUAAGUGCAUCUGUAGUUUUGGGAGACCGUCGGAGCAUCGCCUACGUCUACUGAAGAGCUCGCCAAAACACCCACACAAUCGACGCCGCAUUUGAGACAACUUAAUUUAGAAAAACAAGUGGCGUUGCAAGGAAUUUGACUGCGCCGAUAUUUUGUGGAAUUCAAAAAAAAAUUAAAAUUAUUUAUGAGUUUUUAACAGCUGUUAACUGCUAGUGGUGAUUUUUCAAAAGCAAACCGUGUUGGAAAAAUAAAUAAAUUGCAAAGUAUAUAAACAAAUACACAGUGGUAACAUACAAACCUAAUAAAAUCGUAAAAUAAAUAAACACCGAACCACUAGUAAGCCACUAAAGGUGAAAAAUGGGCUGCGCUACGACCACCGUAAAAAUAUCUUCGAUUCUCUUAAACACACUUUUGGCGCUUUUUAGUAUUGCCGCCAUUGUGCUGAUCGCCGUCAAUCCGGGUUCGGUGCCAGACGACUGGGACAUACCAGCAUACAUCAUCUUCGGCUUAGUCAUAGUGUUCGCCGUUAUAGGCUGUGUGGCUGCGCUACGUGAGUCAAUUUGCCUCACUGUGACCUGCGCCGUUUUCUUGCUGCUGUUGGCAAUUCUGCAAAUCGCCGUUACGAUCAACAUUUUGAACGAUCGUCACACGCAGAGCGGCAUAGCUAUCGUGGAAGAUGCCUGGGAUCACGACAAAAUUGACGCUUUACAGCGGGAGUAUGAGUGCUGCGGCAAAGAUAGCUCACAGGAUUAUAUUUUGCUGAAUCGUCAGAUACCGCUCAGCUGCUAUGAGGGUCAAAAUGAUGCGGAUGCAAAUAAUAUUUACACCGAAGGUUGCAGCGCCAAGUUGCAGCGAUACUACGAUAGCGAGACCACGAGCAUCGCGGUGUCGUCGUGGAUAAUUGCGGCCAUUGAGAUAAUUGGCUUUUUGCUGGCCGUAUUUUUGGUCAUCAAUUUCCGCAAUAAACAAAGACGCAUGCAGUUCUAAAAUGUGGCAGCGCUGGUUGUGGUACAGUACAAAUUUAACCUGAACGUCUCGAAUAAUGCGAUUGAUGUUGCGCGAAUAAUACUCGUAUUCUGCUUGAAGAAAUUGCCUCUUUAUUUGUGCAAUUUUUGUAAUUUAUUUGUUGUGUAUUUAUUGUAUUCAAUACUCAUUAAUAUUGCUACAGAGUAAUCGAUUAUAUUAAAAGAAAAAUAAUGUGUAAUUAAGA